CACCCCACUUUCUUCUUCUGUUUAUUCCUCUCCCAACUGCUUCACUCUGAUAUCUAAUAUCUUCCUUCUUCCUCAAUGGGUUAAUUUUUCCCCUUCACCUUGAGAUCUCCACCCCAGAACCUACCUCUCUCUUUCCCUCCCCCUCUUCUCUUCUCUUCUCUUCUCUUCUCUCACCUUUAAAUCACACCCUUUUACUCUCUCUCUCUCUCUCUCUCAGUGGGUUUUCUGAAAAAGGCACUGGCCAGGCUUUCUCAGUCUCAGAAGGUGAAUUUAUGGAGCCUCUGUGACUGCUUUACUCAUCAGCACACUGUAUUACACUUUAUAUAUACACCGCAGCUUUUUUCGCUUUAUCUCCGUCUCUCAACUUUUUUCAUUGACCAGUUAAACCAAUGGCUUCGAUCACUCCCUCUGAUGAUCAGUCGACGCUGAUCAGAAAGCCCGUCAUGAUUCAACGGAGGCCGUUGAUGCUCAAGGAUUAUCUCCGGGACGAUUUCCUCAGCUCCUGCUCAUCCAACGGCUUCAAAUCGUUUCCCCGGCGACAGUGCUGCAGCACCCUUCGAUACCUCCUGGAGUUCGAUCUCAAAGCGAGAUGCUCACUAACGACCGGCGCCAAACGGCAUCGUUUUCUCCGCCGAACCCGUUCGAAGGCGGUUGCUUCCACUACAAUCUCGGCCUUGCACAGAGCUUCGCAGGCUGUGAUCAACGCCGUCAAGAAACAACUCCCAUUUCAUGAAUCCGUUAAGUCUCCGUCAACGCCCGCACGAAACGGACCUCUGAAAGGGCUUCUACCUCGAAGCCUUUCGCGGAAGCUCUUUUCCAGAAAGAGCUCUUGGAGGAAAGCCGAAAACAAAGAUAGCGAUAUCGGACGGUGUACAUUGUGCCGCGAGAUUCCCAACGAGCGAGACAAACCGUCCGAUUCAACGAGCACCAGCAGCCACAGCGACAGUUGGGCCGAGAGCGAGUUUUUUACUUCGGAGAUUUUACGGUCCUCCAGCGGUAACUCCGUGAGCUCGAGCGAAAACGACGUCGUGGAAGGUAAAACGGAUUUACCGGACAAGAAGGUAGUAGGCCAAACAGUCGGCGACGAUUCCAUCUUAGCGGCAACCACCUCCACCUACUCCGGAGCUAACAUAAAGGAGUGGCCAAAUGAAGAGGAGAAGGAACAACUCAGUCCAGUGUCGGUGCUGGAUUGCCCAUUUGAAGAUGAUGAAGAUAUUAGCUCGCCUUUCCACAGUAAACUUGCCCACAUAGAAGGCACGAAGAAAAAGCUUCUACAUAAGAUCCUGCGGUUUGAGUGUCUCGGUCAGCUAGAGCCAGUGGAAUUAGAAAAACGCAUUGCACUGUCUGAGCUCAACCAUGAAGCUCCUCCUCAAUCCCCCAUGCAACCGUGUUCAGAGCAGAAGAAGGCUCAAGAAUUCCUUGACCUCGUCAAAACAAAAAGCUCACCACAUGGUACUAAAUUCAGUAGUGCAGAAAACAUGUUGUUAGAUUUCUUUAGAGAGAGGGUUGAUCAAGACGAUGGAUUUGAGCUUCAUGAGUUAUUGAAGGCGGCAGAAGAUUGGCUUAGUGGGAAUUCUGAUCAAGAACUGUUGCUGAGAUGGGAGUUUCAGGAUUCAAGAAAAGUAUAUCUCAGGGACAUGGAGAAGGGUGGGAAGUGGAGGAUCUUGGUUGAAGAUAAAGAAGAGGUGGCAUUGGAUAUAGAGGUUGAAGUUUGGACUUCUUUGCUUAAUGACCUGUUGGAUGACCUCUUUUGAUGAUCUUAGAAUUAGACGACUGCUUUUUUGGGUUUAGGAUUUGAGACACAGAUCCAUUUUCAGUAAUUUUGUUACUCAGGUCGCUAGCAAUUCGUACAAUAAAUACAAGAAAGAUGUGUCUGAACAUAUUCAAACAAAUGAGUUUG